AUGGCAUAUCGCUCCACUCCCUCCCCGUCUGCACCUGACCAGGGUUCACCUGCCGAAGCUUCCCUGGGACGACAACUGCGAACGGAACUCGAUCCAAUGUUGAUCCAAUAUUCUAGAGAUCUUACAAACGGUGCACGAGAUGUCAAGUGGAAUCUCAAUUUAAUCGUCGAAAUGGAACACGACGCCGCAGCUUUGAGAUCAACGACGACCGAAACAACAGCGACUAACCUUUUCUUGGAUUGGUUCGACCUACCACUACUCGACUCCACAAGCAAGGACAAUGGUGCAACGACGACUGCCGACUCGUCUCAACGACAGCAACACCACCAAACCUCACCGCCGACUACAGGUAGACCUAUGAAGAAUUCGAUACGAGAUGACUUGAAAGCGGAGGUGAAGGGGUUCAGAGCACUGGCUCCGACUAUCGCAUCUAUGAGUAAGGCGCCGUUUGGCCGAAUGCCCGUUCCUGAGAAGGACGAUGCGCUGGAAAAAGAGUAUUCUGACCUCCGGAAAGAGCUGAAAGUGAUGGAGAAGGCUACCCCCUCGAUGUUAUUACCACUUCUGUUUCUUGCAAUAAUACACGAGUAUUGUGCAUAUGUGUCGACAGUCCCCGGAGAUUCGGUGCCAGGGUGUCCAUCGGUCUGCGCCGUCGAUUGCCGUCGAGACCUCUACGACACUUCCCUUUGCCCGGGGGGACACUGCUAUUUAGACCCGAAUGCUGUGACAUACAACUUUGGAGCCAGUUGUACGGCCACUCUGAGCUGCCCACUAGACUACUUUAUGAGAUUUCAGCUUGCAAAUGGUCGUUUUGUAAACAACAUUCCUAUGAGUUUGCAUAUCAAUCCACAGCAUCGACUAGAAUGUAGAAAUCAGCAAUGGUUCUACUUGAGUCCUCGCGAACCAGGUGGUGAAAUGAUCAGCCACCUCGUCUGCUACGAGCGACCUAUUACAGUCUGA